GUGCCCGGCGCCCUCGGCUACAGCUUCCCCCAGCAGCACACAAUGCAGUACUGGUCUCGAAGGCUGGAACAAGAGAUUGAUGGAGUGAUGAGGAUCUUUGGAGGGGUCAAGCAGCUCAGAGAGAUCUACAAGGACAACAGAAACCUGUUUGAGAUCGAGGAAAAUGUCCCCCAGAAACUUGUGGAGAAGGUGGCAGGAGAUAUUGAGAGCCUGCUGGCCAAGAAGGUCCGGGCUCUGAAGGAGGACCCCGAGGGUGAGGAGUUUGAGAGGGAAAAGCCCAGUACCCUGCAGCUGGACUUCGUUGAGGACCCAAACUUUAAAAACAAGGUCAACUACUCAUACACGGCUGUCCAGAUCCCUACGGACAUCUACAAAGGCUCCACAGUGAUCCUGAAUGAACUCAACUGGACAGAAGCCCUGGAAGAUGUAUUUGUAGAGAACCGGAAGGAGGACCCAUCGCUGCUGUGGCAGGUUUUUGGCAGUGCUACAGGGGUUACCCGAUAUUACCCAGCUACACCUUGGAGAGCACCAAAAAAGAUUGACCUGUACGAUGUUCGCCGGAGACCCUGGUACAUCCAAGGAGCUUCCUCUCCUAAGGACAUGGUCAUCAUCGUGGAUGUAAGUGGCAGUGUGAGCGGCCUGACACUGAGGCUGAUGAAGACAUCUGUCUGCGAGAUGCUGGACACCUUAUCUGAUGAUGACUACGUCAAUGUGGCCUCGUUCAAUGAGAAGGCCCAGCCUGUGUCCUGCUUCAACCACCUGGUUCAGGCCAAUGUGCGGAACAAAAAGGUUUUCAAGGAAGCUGUGCAGAACAUGGUGGCAAAAGGCACCACAGGUUACAAGGCUGGCUUUGAAUAUGCCUUUGACCAGCUCCAGAAUUCCAACAUCACCCGAGCUAACUGCAACAAAAUGAUCAUGAUGUUCACCGAUGGAGGAGAGGAUAGAGUGCAGGAUGUGUUUGAGAAGUACAACUGGCCCAACAGGACGGUUCGGGUAUUCACCUUUUCUGUCGGACAACACAACUAUGAUGUCACUCCCCUGCAGUGGAUGGCCUGUGCCAAUAAAGGUUACUAUUUUGAGAUCCCCUCCAUUGGGGCUAUCCGAAUCAACACACAGGAGUACCUGGAUGUUCUGGGCAGGCCAAUGGUCCUCGCAGGCAAUGAGGCCAAGCAGGUGCAGUGGACCAAUGUGUAUGAAGAUGCUCUGGGCCUGGGGUUAGUCGUAACUGGAACCCUCCCUGUGUUCAACCUGACCCAGGAUGGCAGUGGGGAGAGGAAGAACCAGCUAAUCCUGGGUGUGAUGGGCAUCGAUGUGGCUCUGAAUGAUAUCAAGAAGCUGACGCCAAAUUACACGCUUGGCGCAAAUGGUUACGUAUUCUCCAUUGACCUCAAUGGCUAUGUCCUUCUCCACCCUAACCUGAAGCCCCAGAUCACCAAUUUCCGUGAGCCGGUGACUUUGGACUUCCUUGACGCUGAACUAGAAGAUGAAAACAAGGAGGAGAUCCGAAAGAGCAUGAUUGAUGGGAAAAGGGGGCACAAACAAAUCAAGACUCUCAUCAAAUCCCUAGAUGAGAGGUACAUUGAUGAAGUAAUUCGAAACUAUACCUGGGUCCCGAUCAAAAGUACCAACUACAGCCUUGGGCUGGUCUUGCCCCCUUACAGCACGUUCUAUCUACAAGCCAACCUCAGUGACCAGAUCCUGCAGGUCAAGUAUUUUGAGUUCCUGCUCCCAAACAGCUUUGAAUCUGAAGGACAUGUUUUCAUUGCUCCCAGAGAGUACUGCAAGGACCUGAACGCCUCGGACAACAACACGGAAUUUCUCAAGAACUUUAUUGAGCUCAUGGAGAAGGUGACUCCAGACUCCAAGCAGUGUAAUAACUUCCUCCUCCACAACCUGAUUCUGGACACUGGCAUCACACAGCAACUGGUGGAGAAGGUGUGGAAGGACCAGGACCUCAACACGUACAGCCUCCUUGCUGUGUUUGCUGCUACUGAUGGGGGCAUCACCCGGGUUUUCCCCAACAAGGCAGCCGAAGACUGGGAUGAGAACCCUGAGCCCUUCAAUGCCAGCUUCUACCGGCGUAGUCUGGACAACCAGGGCUACAUCUUCAAACCUCCAUAUCAUGAUUCUCUCCUUAGACCUCUAGAAUUGGAAAACAACACCGUGGGCAUCCUGGUGAGCACAGCUGUGGAGCUCACCCUUGGGGGAAGGACACUAAAACCUGCAGUUGUGGGAGUGAAGUUGGACCUGGAAGCCUGGGCUGAGAAGUUCAAGGUGUUGGCCAGUAACCGAACAGACCGGGACCAACCACAGAAGUGUGGCCCCAACAGCCACUGUGAGAUGGACUGUGAUGUGAACAAUGAGGAUCUGCUCUGUGUUCUCAUUGAUGAUGGUGGAUUCUUGGUACUCUCCAACCAGUACAAUCAGUGGGACCAGGUGGGCAAGUUCUUCAGCGAAGUGGAUGCCAACCUCAUGCUAGCACUCUAUAAUAAUUCCUUCUUCACUCGCAAAGAGUCCUUUGACUACCAAGCUGUAUGCACCCCCCGGGCUCAGAGCAACACAGGCGCUGCCCCCCGAGGGGUCUUCGUACCUACCAUUGCUGACUUCCUCAACCUGGCCUGGUGGACUUCAGCGGCAGCCUGGUCCUUGCUCCAGCAGCUUCUCUAUGGACUCACCUAUCAUAGCUGGUUCCAAGCAGAAGAUGCAGCAGCUGAGGGCUCGGAGACCAGGGAGACCAGCUGCAUCAUGAAACAGACCCAGUAUUACUUCAGCACCACCAAUGCCUCCUACAACAGCAUCAUAGACUGCGGGAACUGCUCCAGGCUGUUCCAUGCCCAGAGAUUGGCCAACACCAACCUGCUCUUUGUCGUGGCUGAGAAGCCUCUGUGCAGCCAGUGUGAAUCAGGCAAACUUCUACAAGCAGAGAGGCGCUCUGAUGGGCCGGAGCAGUGUGAGCUGGUACAGAAGCCACGAUAUCGGAAAGGACCUCACAUCUGCUUUGACUAUAACGCAACGGAAGAUACCUCAGACUGUGGUCGAGGAGCCUCCUUCAGAGCAUCCCUGGGCAUCCUGGUGUCCCUGCAGCUGCUGCUCCUCCUGGGCCUGUCACCCCUGCCCCUGCCCUGGCCUCACCACCUCUGAACACCACCCCCCGGAGUCCCAGCCCUUUCACCUUAGCAACGCUUCCCUUCUUGUGCCCACCACCCACAGCCUGUGGGAGAGUGGAUACUCCGGACUGUGGGUCCUGGGAUGUGUCCUCCUGUAGGCCCCACAGCCUCUGAGACCCCAAUGCCAUGUCUAACUGUUUUGCUGUCAAAAGAUCACCCCAGCCCAACACCUGCCACCCCACCACCACUCUCACUCCAGGCACUGUGUAUGCUGCUGCCAAAGGCACGUGCUGUCCCAAGCAUGAGCUGGCCUUGGGCUUCGCUGGGCUGAGCUGGCCUGGGCUGGGGGGAGUAUCAACCCUCACAGUUGCCACACUCACACUCCAUCCCCUGGAGUUCACUCAGACUUACUGAUUCUAACAAAGGCUGGGCCCAAGAUUCCUAUGGCCUCAGUACCCCAGAUGUCUCCUUUUACCUCUGAGGAUCUAGAUACCCCAGAAAAUGACUAGGGAACAGGGACUAGGAGGUUCAACUCUGGUGGGGUAAGGGAUUUGAGGAAGCUACCUGGCACAAGCCAGUCACCAUGUGAGCUCAGCCCUCAAUCUCCCCAUACACACACACACACACACACACACACACACACACACACACACACACACACACCCCUUCAUUCCUGGACCUCAUUGCAUAGGCUACCCAAGAGAAAGGAAGGGGCCCUGCCAGGGACAUAGCCAAGACCAAGUUCAGAUCUAGGCAGUGCACCUACCAACCAGGGUGGAUGCUGGGGUCUACCCAAGAUACAUGCCAGCCCCCAGCCCUUAAGUCCCUGCCAGGCAGCUUAGCUUCCCUGAUUGGAGUGCCGGGUUCCAAAGACAACCCUGACCACUGAACCUAAAGCCUGGCUAGAGUACACACACACACACACACACACACACACACACACACUGUAUCAGAGCUGGAAGAGACCUCAGACCUCAGAGGUCAUCUAGCCCAAUUGGUACCUGAGACAUGUGUACACACAGACACAC